AAAAUUUCCUGCCAUGACGACGUCACCUAAGUGGAUUUCGUAUUUAGCAUUAACGCUAUUUGUCCUUCUCUAUCAACCGGCAAAUGGCAAUCGACCUCAAGGAUAUUUUCGUAAUAUUUGCUCAUAUCGUAGUACACCGUUGCCAGUCAGUGAGCCAAAACGUCACCUGAAUGCCAUACGUGAACAAAUGCAAAUUAGAGCAACACUACAGGGACCUGAAAUAGAUGCGUACAUAUUACCCUCCUAUGAUGAACAUCUCAAUGAAGAGACCAGUGCCAGAGAUCAACGUCUCAAGUAUUUGACAGGAUUCAGUGGAACGGAUGCCUUUGCUGUGGUCACCUUAAGAGGUGCUGCCUUGUGGGUCCAGAAUCGUUAUGUACAACAAGCCGAUGGUGAAUUGGAUUGUGAUUGGGAAAUUUAUCGCAUGAAUGAUACUGUGACCAUAAUAGAUUGGUUAGGGUAUCAUUUACGACCUGGUCAACGUGUUGGAGCCGAUCCCCACCUGGUGCCACAUCAUUUGUGGCGUAAAUGGGAAAGUGAAUUGGAAGAUCGUAUGUUGAAGUUGAGAAAUGUCAACAAUAAUCUAAUCGAUUUGGUGUGGAAAGAUCGUCCCGAACCGGAUCUAAUUAAAAUUCAAAUAUUACCAAAAUCAUAUGCCGGCGAAAAAUGGGAAGAUAAAAUCAAAGAGCUGCGUGAAAGAUUACAUCAUUUUAAAUGUGAUGCAAUGAUUGUUACGUCUCUGACAGAGAUUGCGUAUUUGUUGAAUAUUCGUGGCCGGGAUUUGCCAUUUACACCGGUUAUUAAGGCCUACUUGAUUGUUAGUCACCAUGACAUUUUCCUAUAUGUCGAUCGUUUUAAGAUGACCCUGGAAGUAUCGGCGCAUUUGCACACCGAUUGUUAUAAUUCGUUGUGUGUUAAAUCCAAAGAUUACCAACAAGUCUGGAAUGAUAUACGCACUUAUUCUCAAAUUUGGCGUAAGGUCUUGGUGCCAGCUCCAUGUGUCCAAGAAUUGGGCGCUUCGGAAAUGGUCUAUUCUUCAUUUCCUGAGAAAAUAAUUUUCGAACAUAUGUCACCGAUUAUUAUGAUGAGAGCCCAAAAGAAUUCCGUCGAGCAGGAGGGUAUGCGUAUGGCUCACAUCAGAGAUGGUGCGGCGAUUUGUGAAGCUAUGAGUAAUUUGGAGACAAGGUUCUACACCGAACAAUGGACCGAGGAGAAAAUCAAAUACGAAGUAGAGCGAUCCCGUCUAUCACAACAACAUGCCAAGGGGCUAUCACUGAGAACAGUGGUGGCUUACGGUGAACACUCGUCGUAUCCAUUUUAUAUUUCCAGUAAUGUCACGGAUAUUGAAGUAACCGACCAAAGUCUAUUGGUCAUUGAAUCGGGUAGUCAAUAUUAUGAUGGUACCACUGAUGUUUCGCGAACAUUUAUUUUUGGCGAACCGACAAAUGAUAUGAAACAAACGUAUACCAUGGUAUUGGCUGGUAUUUUAAGGCUAUCACAUUUGAAAUUUCCUUCCGAUUUGAAGGUAUCGAAAUUAGAUGCUUUGGUGCGUAGUCCAUUGUGGACGACCAUGAGCGAUUAUCCCGGAGCUACGGGACAUGGUAUUGGGGUCUACGGAGCGGUGAGAGAACCACCAAUUUCGGUGGAUUAUGGUCAUGAUAGUCAUUUUCAUUUUAAGGAAGGUUAUUUCUUCUCCAGUGAAUCCGGCCACUAUAAAAAUGGUGAAUAUGGUGUACGUUUGAAGAACGUAUUGGAGGUUAAAAAUACCCACAAUGUCCACCCAUCGGGCGCCAAAUAUUUAGCAUUCCAAGAUGUAACAUUAGUGCCUUAUGAACCGCGAUUAAUUGAUGGUACUCUACUGAGUUCAUUGGAGAAACGCUGGCUCAACGAAUAUAAUGCCAAAAUUCGCCAAUAUGUUGGCGAAGAACUGAAACGUCAGGGCAAUAUGAAAGCCUUCUAUUGGAUGAUGAAUAAAACCCGCCAUAUACGUGAAUAUCUACCCGAAGAAGAGUAUCGAGCUGCCACAGGGGCUGGAUCACGCACACGUGCCUUUUUAACAAUUACAGUGCCGGCCAUAUUAUUAGGACUGACGGUAUUUGGUAGCUUUUUACGUUGGUUAUUAUAA